AUGGAUUGCGGCGAGGGGGCGCAGGCUGGCAGUCGGCUUCAACCAAACGGCGUUGAGCAUGGAAGCAUGGUGAGCAGCCCGUGGGUGGAGCCGCGAAUGCUUGGUAGUGGGCAGAGGGGGGCGAGGGGGGCCAUGGUGAAGGGGAUGGGGGAUGGGGGAUGGUGGCAUGGUGCUUUCUGGCUUCUGGCCUCUGGCCUCUGGCUUCUGGCUUCUGCUUCACCAUGCGGCAAGCGGGCUGGUCAACCAAGUCGGCCCACCCAGUCAUUUGCCAGAGGGCUAGCAAAGAGGGAUGACGGCGCAGCCCAUCCGCAGGCAGGCAGCGUGGCGCAAUGUGUACAUACAGCCGGACCGGCAGUGUUUUUGGGGGCAGAGGAUUGGCCUGGCGCCGUCGGGACCUAA